UACUCCUUGUUGCUGUUCUGGGCAACAUCUGAACAAAGGCCUGCCCCUUUUCAUGAGGAUUUCUCUGCCGCCAUCGUUACUUUACGUGUAAUCACGAUUACUAAAUCGGAUUACGAUACUUUUAUUAUAUUUCGAGACGUCGAUAACAGCGGAGAUAAUGUCCGAAAUGGAUGUUGAUCACCAUGAAAGCAGCGGCGAGACCAAAUCGGCCAUGCAUACUUGGCGUUAUCGCCACCAUUUCACGUACAAGGCAGAUCAAGGAAAAAAUAUCAUCGUCCAGUGUAAUCUAUGUCUGCCGAGGGUCAAUCUGCUCUCCACGUCGAAAACCUCCACAUCAAACCUAAAGAAGCAUUUAGACAGAACACACUUGGGCUGUGAAGCCAGGCCUGAUGUCAAGAGGGGGAGGAAGAAAGAAGAGCACAACGGUGAGGAGAGCAGGCACUGCCAGCUGAAGAAGCUUAAAGCGGAAAUCAUCUCCAAAUGCAUGACCCAAGCAAAGAUCGAAGAGCUGAUAUUCAACUUCAUCGUGGAAGACUGCCAGUCGUUUUAUGUGCUGGAGCAGCCCGGCUUCAGGAAGUUGAUCGCAGGCUUGACUGAAGGGCUAAAGUCCAUGGACAGGGUGACCUUGUUUACAAAGGUGGACCAGGGUUUCUCCAGGAUGCGGGAGGAGCUGAUGGCGAAGCUCAACAGCAUCCAGUACGUGUGCACCACGGCUGACAUCUGGACGGCCAACAACAGGAGCUUCUUCGGGAUGACCUGUCACUGGAUCGAUAAGCAUUCUCUGGAGAGGAAGUCUGCGGCCCUGGGAUUCGCACGGCUACAGGGCAGAAUCACACACGACACCAUCGCCGGACGGAUACACGACAUCCACGUGGCGUACAAUAUUGAGAGUAAAGUUCAGACCACAGUCACUGAUAACGGCAGCCCCUUCAUCAGCGUGUUCAAAGAGUUCGCGGUGGACAGCCAGGAAAGCGACGACGACAUCGGGUUCUACGAGAAUGUGAGCGCCGUCCUGGAGGGCGAGCCGGAGCAGGACAUGCUCCUGUUUCUGCCCACCGUGCAGCGCUGUGCAUCACACACCCUGGAGCUGAUUGUCACUGAGGACUUCUGGCAGGCCGUGUCACAGGGGCCCAUGUGCCAGCUGCAUUACAGCACGCUGGCCAAGGUGUACGCCAUCUGGAGCAAAUGCCACCACCUCCAGGUCGGUAUGAGCGCAGCAGAGGAGAUAGGAAAGAUGGCGCUGGUCGUGCCUGCUGUCAUACGCUGGAAUGUGGAGUACUGUGCGAUACAGAAGAUCGUCUCACUCACAGAGCGGGAGCUGACGGAGCUGUGCGCCCGCCUGGAGGUCCCACGCUUGCAACCGGAGGAGAUGGCCUUCCUGAAAGAAUACGUGACCGUGUUCCACCCGCUCGCUUUUGCACUUGAACUUUUCCAAGCGGAGCAGAAGUGCUACCUGGGUCUGGUCAUUCCAACCGUACUCAGCCUGAAGAAUAAGUUAAAUGAGCAGAAAGACGUGGCAAAUUACUUCGGCGAUGUCAUCACCGCCGUUGUAGGGGCUAUUGACGUGCGGUUCCAGGAGCUGUUUGCCAGCACAGAAGCGAAGAUUGCGACAGCGACGACUCCUCAGUUCCGUUUGUGGUGGAUGGCUGCCUCUGACAGGGAGGAGAUGUGCUCCCUGCUGGCGACAGAGGCGUCCCAGAUGGAUCCCUGUAGCGUAACGGAGGCAAACACAAGCCGGAAUCUGUCAACCAUUGAAUCCGAAGAUGACUUCUUCAGCUACGGGUCUGUGAAGCCCACCAUUCAGAUCCAGCAACGGGGGGUGAUGGAAGAGGUCCGCAAGUACCUCGAAGGGACGGGGAAGAGCCUCGAGUGCCUUCAGGACUUCCCCAGAAUGAAGCAGCUUUUCCUCAAAUACAACACCACCCUGCCAUCCACCGCCCCCGUCCAGCGUCUCUUCAGCCAGAAAGGCAACCUGGUCACCUCACAGAGAAACUUUCUGACCGAUGACUACUUCGAGCGCAUUCAGCUUUUGAGAUACAACAGUAAUGUGUGCACUUUGGUCACCGAGUGAACGCAUCGCCGGCGACCCCCUUUUCUCACAGCCUUUUAAUUGAUGCAGAAUCAAACCACAUUGUGCUAAAAUCAUCACAGGAAAAAAAAAACCCUGAGUGAGAUCUCAUUUCAGACAAUUUAGCCCCGGAUGUGUUUUCUAAUAUCCUUCCCUUAUCUGUUUUGAUAGGCGUAGCGUAUAUUGUCACCCCUGAAUGGCCUGAUGAAAAUAUCAAAUUGACAAUCUUGGACAUUGACAUUCAAGGACUGAGUAUACAAAAGCAUCCUUCUAUAUGUGCUAUUGUUGUGAUUUGAAGUAGCCACAGGGUUAAACUUAAGUGAUUUUGUCUUUCAGUUAAGUUUGUUUUUUCUACAGGUGCUCAAUGAGAACACAUAUCCUGUCUGUAUGUUUUAUAUCAUAUAUAAAAAGACAAGGAAAGAG